AUGAAGGCUGAGAGCUCGUCGAUGGCAGAAUGGCAUGCAUCUGAGGGACUUCGGCAACGGUAUGCUUUAGAUGAAGCAAAACAAGGAGAUGCAAGUCGGAAAGAGUCCGUGCAAGACGAGUUAACAGACACCAAAGACGAUCCAGCAGCGGAGGCCAUGGGGGGAUCGCCCAGCAUGGUGCUGGGACGCACGCCAGAUGGCCGCCUGUUUCAUGUAAUUGACACGCCGGACAUGGUGACCUCAAUUUUUCGUCUGGACCGGCCCAAGGCACCGCUGGAUAUCUUGACGCUUGUGCUUUUGCUAUGGCAGGUGUGUUUGUUCUGUGUGCUGCCGCGCAAGCAAGCGCAAGUGUUUUUCGCGGUGUACUUUGCAUUCUGGCGCAUCAUGUACAAUGUUGGACUGGGGUACGUGCUGACGAAGCAAAGCCGCUCGCGCUGGAUCGUGAGAAUGCUUGAUUCAAGCGGGUGGCUCGAUGCGUGCAAGAACCCAAGAAUGCAUGCAUGGGUCCAGUACCACUUCAAGACAAAGCUUGGUGCGUCGUCACAGCGCAUUGCGGCAGCACCGAUUGAUUUCCAGGCAUGGAUUCUGUUUCGCUCCGUUGUGGAUGUCAUUUUACUCAAUGACGUCACUGCGUAUGCGUUCUUUGCACUGUCGAACAUCCAGGGCUUGGGUGAGCAUGGCGUACUGCUGUUUGUCAUCCGCUGGCUUCUUGGCCUGCUUCUCCUGGCGUUCAAUGCGUGGGUCAAGCUCGAUGCACAUCGAGUCGUGAAGGACUAUGCGUGGUACUGGGGCGACUGCUUCUUCCUCUGCUUGCAGAAGCUCAAGUUUGACGGCGUGUACGAGGUGGCACCUGACCCCAUGUACAGCAUUGGAUAUAUUGGCUACUAUGGACUCUCGUUGCUGACGGGGAGCUAUGCGGUGUUGUACGUUUCGCUUGCGGCACAUGCAUCGCAGCUGCUAUUUCUCGUCUUAUUUGAAAACCCGCACAUGGACAGGGUGUAUGGCGAACGUGUGCCCAUAGCCGCGCGGGUAUCGGAGCGACGGCCGAGCGAUGUGCCACCAGCGACGGGGGUACAGCGCUCACGCGAGGAGAUACGCACGCCCCAGUUAGCUGGUGCGGCAAGUGCAGCGAACGGAUCCUACGCUACGAGCGAGCGGGGCACGGCAGCUGUGCCCUCGCCACCCUGCACGAAUGUACACGACCUGCAUCAUCGCCUUUUCCGCAAUGACAAUGUGGUGCUUUCGCACAUCGACCUGUUUCGCUCGAGCGACUUUUUGCUUGUACUUUGUCUCAUAUAUGCCUUGUCGCCGCUGGUCCUGACGCGGUGCGGCCCUAGGGCACUGCUGCUCUUUGCAACAAUCCAUGCGGUUGCGUGGCGUCUCUUCCACUCGUUCGGUCUUGGUUUCGCACUUCGCUGGCAGUCUGAGGAGCGCUGGAUCGUACACCAUUUCCUUAAGCACUACCACUUCGCGGAUGGCCAGGCCGCCGUCACAGAGUCAUUCUCGCACUGGAAGACGAUCUACAACACCAGUCUCAUCAUGACGUAUGUGUCAUUCGCGCUCCUGGCCAUACGCAGUUAUACGUCCUGGACCGACAACAUUUACCGGCUGCGGUAUGUGCUGGGCGUUCUUCUCAUCCUCGUGCACAUGUGGAGCGCUCGGUCGUCGUAUCGUGUGCUGGGUCCGUUUGGCUGGCUGUAUGGCGACUUUUUCAUCGAUGCCUACCCGAAGCGCCUGUCGUACACAGGGAUCUACCGCUUUCUCAACAACCCAGAGCGCUCUAUGGGAAGUGCUGCCUUCUUUGGCAUGGCCCUGCUUAGUGGGAGUCUCACAGCAACGGUUGUCGCGCAGCUGGCGCACCUCUCGCACUGGUGGUUCUUGGGCUGUGUGGAGGGGCCACACAUGCGCCGUCUGUACGGCGCCGACGUCAGACAGGACUCGGGCGUCACCAAGCAGCUGCGGCAGCUGUGCCAGUCGCAGUGGCUGCGCGCCGCGCAACCGAGUAUCGAAGAGCUGCAGGGCAUCUUGCAGCGGGCGCAAGGUGUUGUGCGCCAACUGCUGGAGCAGAGCCGCCCACGGCUGGAGCGCCUCGCCGAUGACACAUGUGCUCUGCUGCAGCAAAAGGCCGAGCAUGUGCUGACGAUGCAUACGGGCGACUCGGUUCAGCAGAUUGACCAGGCCAAGUACCGCGUGACGCCGGUCGCGUCGCCACACACGCACGAGCAGCGCUUCCACGUUGGUGAGCCGAUCAUUGUGCAAUGGAUGGCAGCCGAGAACCAUUCGCGGAGAGACUGGAUUGGCUUGUAUGCCGUGAAUGCAUUGGAUGCACACCCCGAUGAACACCAUGGCAGUUUGCUUGUCACACGCACGACGAGUCGCGGCAAGUGGCUCGGUGUGGCGGAGGACGAGUGGGAGGGACAUGUGCAUGUCGGCCUCACACAGAGCCCCCUCGGAACACAUGGCGUGUCGAGUGUGGACACCGACACACAUCAGGUCAGUGGCGUGAGUGUGUUUCAGGGCUCCCGACUCCCAUGGGCAGCACCCGGCACGUAUGAGCUGCGCUACCAUCACGACAACACCCACUACGUGCUAGCAAAGAGCGAGCGCUUUACCAUAUACGCCGACAGCCCAGAGGAUCCGUACUCAUUCGACGAGACGUUCAUGAUCCUGUCGAAGAUCUUGCGGUACGCGCUUGUGGAGGCACCUAGCACCACGUCUGCCGCGGCGCAUGAGUACGAGUCGGCGGACAAGGCGGAUCUGACAUUGUGGACCCAGGACCAGGCACAGCACAUCCGCGAUGGCAUUUGGAGUGCGUUCCACGUCGACUUUACCAAGGACGUUGUCAUUGCAAGUGCAAACACAACGCUUCUUACACGCGACAUUCUCAUGGCUCGGCAGCUCUUAUCUCGUUAG